AUCUCUUGUUGCUUCUCUCAACUGGGUUCUAAUGUUUUGACCUUGGCAGCGAGAAUCUCAAGGCCCAGCGGUGUGCCCUGUUUUGUGUGGCUCAUAGGUUAGGUCGCAAGGAGAGAAUCCUCUGCUGAUCAAAUUGGUUUUGAACUACUUGAAGAAACAGGCUGAGCCACCGGCCACGCAUACUUAUCAUGUGAAGGAAGGUUGUUUCUUGUGGAGGUGAUUUCAUGGAUGACAAAGAGGUACGGUUUAAAGUAGAUCACAUUUGAAAGUAUGCGAUCUCUACCAACUGAGCAAGAUAGGGUCUUUUGAAUACAAGGAGCAAAUAGGGUCUUUUUUGGUUGGAUUUUGAGGAAAGAAAUAUAUGGACGACAAUGUACUUUCUCCUGGUACCAUGUUGGGUGCUCAACUUGAUUCUUCUAUGGACUUUGACUUCAUGGAUGAACUACUGUUAGAAGGGUGCUGGUUGGAAACGACUGGUGGUUCUGAGUUCCUUGUUCCUAGCCCCUCCAAUGGUGCUGCCGUCUUUGAUACUUCAUUUGCAUGGCCUGGUUUAGAGGCUAACGCUGGAGAUCUGAGAUCAAGCCCAUCCAAUAGGAGCAAUGAAGAAGAAAGGCAAAAAUCAUCAUUGCCUGGGAAUUUUCCUAUGAACGAACCUCAAGACAGAAGUCCUUCUAAUUCUCAAUGGCUUGGCCAAAACAUGGUUGAUCCUAAUGGUACUGAAUUCUAUAGCCAGUUAGGAAAUUCAGCAGGUGGUUCUGAGCUAUGCAGAAGGUGGUGGAUUGGACCAAGACCAAAUCAAGGUCCUGGAUUUUCUGUAUCGGAUAGAUUGAUCCAGGCAAUUGGUUGUAUGAAAGACUUGACGAGAGACAAGGAUGCCCUUAUACAGAUAUGGGUUCCCAUAAACCAAGGAGGGAGACGUGUUUUAACUACCCAUGACCAACCUUUCUCACUUGAUCCAAGCUCUCGGAGGCUGGUGAAUUAUCGAGACGUCUCUAUACAGUAUCAGUUUUCGGCUGAGAAAAAUUCCAGUGAUGUUGUUGGAUUGCCUGGUCGAGUAUUCUUGGGAAAGAUUCCGGAAUGGACUCCUGAUGUUCAGCUCUUUAGAAGUGAUGAAUAUGCACGAGUUCGUCACGCUCAACAGUAUGAUGUUCAUGGAACCCUUGCUGUGCCUGUCUUUGAACAAGGUAGUACUGCUUGCUUGGGUGUUAUUGAGGUUGUAACGACUGCUCAGAAGACCGAGUAUCAUCCUGAGCUGGAAAGUGUCUGUAAAGCACUUGAGGCUGUUGAUCUUAGGAGUUCCGGAGUUCCAAGUUUCCAGAAUGUUAUGGCACGUGACGAGUCCUACCAAAUUGCAUUACCUGAGAUUCUGAAGGUUUUGAAAUCUGCAUGUGAUACCCAUAGAUUACCUUUAGCUCAAACUUGGGGCUCAUGCAUCCAACAAGGGAAAACAGGUUGCCGGCAUUCUGAUGUCAACUACUUCCAUUGUGUUUCCACCAUUGAUCAUGCCAGUUAUGUAGCUGAUCCAAAUGUCAGGGGCUUUCAUGAGGCUUGCUCUGAGCAUCACUUGUUAAAAAGUGAAGGUGUUGCUGGUCAAGCAUUCUUGACUAACCAACCUUGUUUCUCAAGCAACGUAGCUUCUUUUGCGAAAACUGAGUACCCUCUUUCUCACCAUGCAAGGAUGUUUGAGCUACGGGCAGCUGUUGCAAUACGCCUUCGCAGCAUCUACACUGGUAAAACUGACUUUGUCCUGGAGUUCUUUCUCCCUGUAAAUUGUCGGGAACCUGAAGAACAGCGCAAUAUGCUUCAUUCACUGUCCACCAUUAUACAACAGGCUUGCCAGAGCUUAAGAGUCGUCACAGAUAAAGAACUACAGGAAGAAAGUGAGAUGCCAGUUACUGAAGUUGUAGUCUGUUCAGAUGAUGGGGAGAAGAUGUUGAACCCCGAACACUCUCUUUCGGAAAUGUUUCCACCAGAAAAUUUGUUUUGGAAUGACCAUCUUACUGAGGUCCAACAAAAAGGUACAGUUGCCUCAUCAACUCACGAUGGAAAAGAAAAGGGAAUGACAGGUGAAAGACCCUCACAAGGCAGGUCUGGUCUAAGAGAUUCUAACCUAAAUGGAAGUGUUGAGUUUGGUGGAGAUUCUACUUUUGGCAACAGUUGCUUCUCAAGCGAGUGUAUGGGUAAAGCAGGAGACAGAAAACGUACUAAGGCUGAGAAAACAAUCACCUUGCAAAUUCUUCGCCAAUAUUUUGCCGGUAGUCUAAAAGACGCUGCAAAGAGUCUUGGUGUUUGCCCCACAACCUUAAAACGGAUAUGUAGGCAACAUGGGAUAAAACGUUGGCCAUCAAGAAAACUCAAGAAGGUUGGUCAUUCAUUGAAGAAAAUCCAACUUGUAAUUGAUUCUGUUCAAGGUGCCUCUGGUGCUUUUCACAUUGAUUCUUUCUAUACAAACUUCCCUGAGCUGGCGUCUCCAAAGCAAUUGGAAAGCAACACCCUUUCAACUGAAAAGCCGAUCGAUGAGCCAACACCAUCAAGCUUGAUGCCCAAGGGAGGUGUCUUCCGCUAUCAAACCACUGCUCCAAAGUCUCCUUCCUCCUCAUGUGGUCAGAGUUCCUGUUCCAGCCACUCUUAUUCUAGUGGGACAAGCCAACAUCCUUCUGCAAGUAUCAGUGCUGGAAAUGAAGCGCCAAUGGCUGGAGAGAACUCUGGUGAUGCUGUCAUAAAGAGGGUCAGAAGCGAUGCAGAGCUAUUUGCCUCAAGUAAAAAAGAGCUGCAGCUACUAAACAGAUCUCAAGGCCAUAAAUCUCUUAAGGAGCAAGAUGAUAUGGGGAAUCUUCCACCCUCUGCCAAGAAUGUUGACAAGGUAUCGCAAGAGAUAGAUCCUCAAAGAGUGAAGGUCUCAUAUGGAAAUGAGAAUAUCCGGUUCCGGAUGCCUAAUAAUUGGGGACUUACAGAUUUAUUGCAAGAAAUCACACGAAGGUUUAGUAUAGAUGACAUAAGUAGGUAUGAUCUCAAGUAUUUUGAUGAUGACUCUGAGUGGGUGUUAUUGACAUGUGAUGCUGAUUUGGAGGAGUGCAUCGAUGUAUGUCAAUCAUCUCAAAGCCACACAAUCAAACUUUCCGUACAAGUUUCUCAUCAUUACCGGGGAAAUUUUGUGGUUAGCUCUGGCCUUCACGAUCGUAAGUUGCUCUUAGGUCAUUUGAAAAAGAAUGCCAACACUUGGUUGUCAAUGUCUUGAUAUUAGAAGCUGAUACAUGGUUAGCAUGUAUUUAUAAUACUGUAAAAACUAAACAGAGACUGAUGGACAAAUGGUCAGGAAUAGCAAAAGGUUUUAGCUUGUGGCAGCAGGAAUGCAGCCUGCGCUCCAUGCUUCAGGCAAUCGGUGGUCAAAACAGAGUUGGCAGUGAUCAAUUUCGAAAUGGUGAAUGAUGUUCGAAAUGGUGCUGUCUCUCAACACUAGAAGAAGUUGAAACAUGUUUGUGCCUCCAGCCAGAAUAAAAAGAACUGGGAGCAAGAAAUUGAAAAGCGGCAAGGAAAGGAAAAACUUCUUCAUCCUUUAAUGGUGAAGGGCGACCUGAGAUUUACUGAUCAAAAUGAAAAAAGUUAAGUGAGGUUUUAUUUUUGCAUUUAGAUGUAUACUGUGAUCUUAAAUCAGAAAUAGUCGUCUUUUCAUUCAA